UCUGCCUUACUUUUUCAUUUUUAACUUUUACGGAUUCUUAACUCCUGGAAUUCUUGUUGACGCACGCGCAGCUUGAGCUGGCUUCUGCCGGGCACAGGUUGCCCCUGACAACGAGUUGGGCCAAACAAUUGGCCGAGUUGUUGUUGGGCAACUUUAGAGGCAUUUUAGGAGGCGAACAUGUCUGACCAGGAGCUGGACGCAGCCGUGAUUAAGGCCACGCAGCAGAGCCUGGGCAAGUACAUAAAGAAGCCGCCGCUGACGGAGAAGCUGCUCAAGAAGCCGCCGUUUCGCUACCUCAUGGACAUCUUCACGGCGUUUAUAAGGGAAACGGGCUGCUUUGAGGGUCUCUACACGCCGGAGGAGCAGCUCUUCGAGAACAUCAACGAUCGCAAUGCCAAGACGCGCUUUCUGCAAAAGAUGAUCGAUGUCACAAAGCUCACCACGAAGCGGGAGCUGAAGGUGCGCACCUCCAAGAUUGUCGCCGGGCACGAGCCGAAGCUGACCAACGAGCUGCUGCAGGCGAUGGCCAGCGUGAUGGAGCAGCAACUGGACUGGCGUGAUGCAGUGCAGCAGGUGCUGGCCAGCGACCAGAGCGAGCCCAAGCCAAACAAAUCCGGCGACAAACCGAAAGCGAGCAGCAAACAAACGUCGCCAACUGCCAAGGAGCAGCUCACGCAGCGCAGAGAGAAGCGCAUAUCGCCGCAGGAGCAGAAGCUGCGCAAGGCCACAGAUCAGGCAGCGCGUGCCACGCCCACCGAAAAGGCGCCGGCAGCACAGCAACGCCGGCCGAAGGCCUCGCCGGAAGCGCCAAAACCGAAGCCAAAGCUGAGCAAGCAGAGCUCCAAGCAAAAGAGUCCAUCGCCCGUGAAGCCCAAGCAACAAGCUUCGACGGAGGGGGAACAGGCGUCCAUGUCGCCAGCACCUGCCGUCAAGCUUGCCUCACCAGCGUCCUCGCCCAAGGCAGGCGCCGUGAAGAGCGCCUCACCCAAGGCCGAGCCGCCGGCAGCUGUGGAGCCGGUCAAGGAGCCGCCUCCAAGUACUGCGGCAGCUGAGCCCGCGGAGCUGGAGCUGGAAAGCCGCAAAUCCUCCAGCAAAAGUCGACGCUCCAGCGCUAGCCAGCGACAGGCCGUAGUCGAGGCGGUCUCCCCGGACCCGGCCAAGUCCCCCAACGAGGAACAGAGCACGGCCUUAGCCUCGACUCAGCCGGCGGACGCCAACAACAACAGCGGAGAACCCAAGCGGGAGCGUGAGGGCACCUUCACGCGCGAUAACUCCAAGGAGUCAAAUGGCCCGUUGACACGUCCGCGCACCUCGUUGCGUCCGCCCAGCGCCCGGCCGGCCUCGGCACGGCCGGGCGCACCGCGACGACGGAAUGUGGAAAUUGUGCUGCAGCCAAACGAUCAGCUCAAGAUGAACGGCAUCAAUGUGAAGCUGGAGACGUUUGGCGAUUUCGAUGAUGACGGCGAGAAUCUGGUGGUCAUCGAGGAUGCCCACGCACAUGACAUAGAUGCGGGCACGGCGAGCGUUGGAGCUCUGGAUCCGGAGGCUAAUCAGGGUCGUCUGGUGCAGCAAAUCCUGGAGACCCAAAAGGAGCUCGUGCAGCAGGGCACCGACUCCGGCAAGGAGGAGUCCCAGCAGAAGCCUCAAUCAUCCGCCACGCGCCAGAGCUCCGCGCGCCAAAUGAACGAUCUGCGCGACAUCAUACAGACCCUCACGAAGUCAGUGAAUCCUCUCGGCAAGCUCCUGGACUUUAUACCCGAAGACAUCGAUGCCAUGCAGCUGGAGCUGAGCAUGUGGCGCGAGACAUACACCCAGGCCGCGGCGGAGCUGAAGCGAGAGCGAAGCCUCACAGCGUCCGCCACGGAGCCCAUGAAGCAGCAGCUGGUCAACAUCGAGGCCAGCAUUGGCGAGUUCAAGGAGCUGGUCGACGAGAGUCGCCACAAGAUCCUCCAGAACAACGAGCGCAUACUCAAAAUGCUAAUGGAGCAGUGAAAUGUUGUUUUUGUCUUGUAGUUUUUCGAAGUAUCUUUAAAUUGGAAUACGCCGGGUAAAUAAAGUAGACUUUCUCGAGUCCAAAAAUGGCAUUUCUUCUUAAGAUCAGAGUCAAUUGAUCCGAGCAAUAGACAUAAGAAGAUCUUAAUAUGAUUCUCAAAUAACUUUUGCAGUGUGUAUAAAGCUGAUCCGUCGGUAAACAAACCAGUUUCAU